UUCAUUUCUACCCUAGUGAGCUGGGAAAUUCCAGGGGGAGGUCUGCUGUUUCUUGGACGUUUUCUGGGAAAGAACAUGGGAUUUGGGAAAACCCUCUGCAGUUUAUAAAAAGGACAAUGGAUCCCACUAGUUCUUCACUUUUCACUUUCACUUCACGGCCUCUUGACUCCUCACCUCCCCAUCUUCUCACCUCUCGCUAAUUACAUUCACGAUGGCCUUCGCACCAAAAGCCUGCAGUCUUUUCCUGGUGGUUUUGCUGGGAGUUUGUAUACAGCUCAACGGAGCUCAACACGUUCCAGGUGCCAGAUGCAAAUGCCCAGGAACCAUUAUGCACACUCAGGAAAUCAUUGAUGACUUUGAAAUCAUCGAAAAGACCCACUACUGUGACACUACUGAAAUCAUUGUUACACUGGCAGAAGAUGGAGCCAGAAGGUGCCUGAACCCUGUUGGAAGAAAGGCCAAGUUUUUCGUCAACUGCUGGAACAGAAUAAACAAGGACGACAAGCAAAAGAGGAGGUGUCUUAAGAGAAAAGCAGAGUGAACCUAACGGAGGAGGGGAGAAGGAGCAUGGAAAACCCAACAGCUGGAUUUCCCUGAAGUCAUGUGACCAAUCACACACAAGAAGAAUGUUGGGGGCUGACACUGCACUUUAGAGAGAGAGAGAGAGAGAGAGAAAGAGAGAAAGAAAGAAAGAAUGAGAGAGAGAGAGAGAGAGAGAGAGAGAGAGAAAGAGAGAAAGAAAGAAAGAAUGAGAGAGAGAGAGAGAGAGAGAGAGAGAGAGAGAAAGAAAGAGAGAGAGAAAGAAAGAAAAAAAGAAUGAGAGAGAGCGAGAGAGAGAGAGAAAGAGAGAAAGAAAGAAAGAAAGGAAGAAUGAGAGAGAGAGAAGAGGGACUUUCUAUUUCAUCACUUUCCUUUGUGAUUAUGGGUUACAGAACUGUAUACAACUACAAGUAUACAACACUAAUUGUGAGACAUUUAAAGAUAUCAUAUGUAAAACUCUUUAUUUAUUAUUCUAUUUGAUAUUUAAAUAAGUGUAUAUUAAUGAACAGAUAAAUAUGAUUUUGAUACAACUGAAAUAAAAAUAUAAUAACUUAAA